CUUAAUGAGUUCCUUUGGUGACCCCAGCUUCACCUUGCAGAUAUCCUCUCCAGGUAUCCAAUACCCAUACUCCCACUCGGCCAUAGCAAGGGGUUGGGGUUGGCUUUUUUCCCGGCAACUGCUCACAGCUUCCAUCAAGCCGGGGUUUCCAGUUCCCGCUAGGAAGCGUCGGGGACGUCCGGGCACUGCGCACCUCGGCAGCGCCGGUUACCAAGCGCCUCCUCCCCCCUGUCUGUGGGACAACGCUCUGGAAGACCUCCGCGUGGAUGGCCGUGGCUGUGAGGACUACCGAUGUGUUGAAGUGGAAACCGAUGUGGUGUCCAACACCAGUGGGUCCGCCAGGGUCAAGCUGGGUCACACAGACAUCUUGGUGGGCGUGAAAGCAGAAAUGGGGACGCCGAAGCUGGAGAAACCAAAUGAAGGCUACUUGGAGUUCUUUGUUGACUGUUCAGCCAAUGCUACCCCUGAAUUUGAAGGUAGAGGAGGUGAUGACCUUGGCACCGAGAUCGCUAACACCCUCUAUCGGAUAUUUAACAAUAAAAGCAGUGUCGACUUGAAGACCCUCUGCAUUAGUCCUCGGGAGCACUGCUGGGUUCUCUAUGUGGAUGUGCUACUGCUGGAAUGUGGUGGAAAUUUGUUUGAUGCCAUUUCCAUUGCUGUAAAGGCUGCUCUCUUCAAUACAAGCAUACCAAGAGUUCGAGUUCUGGAGGAUGAAGAGGGGUCGAAGGACAUCGAAUUGUCUGAUGACCCUUAUGACUGCAUACGACUAAGUGUGGAGAAUGUCCCCUGUAUUGUCACUCUGUGCAAGAUUGGCUAUCGGCAUGUGGUGGAUGCUACUCUUCAGGAGGAGGCCUGCUCGCUGGCCAGCUUGCUGGUAUCGGUGACCAGCAAGGGAGUUGUGACGUGCAUGAGGAAAGUGGGGAAGGGCAGCCUGGACCCAGAGAGCAUCUUCGAGAUGAUGGAGACUGGCAAGCGUGUGGGCAAAGUGCUGCAUGCCUCCUUGCAGAGUGUUUUGCACAAGGAAGAAAGCCUGGGACCCAAGAGACAGAAAGUUGGAUUCCUGGGAUGAUUUGCAUAUCAACUGCUUAACUGUGGAUUGUUUUUUACUUUUCCUUUUAAACUGGUUUGUAUAUAGUUUUCUUCGCUGUUAUGAAUUUACAGCAACAUUUGUACGUGUAAAAUUAAAGGCUAUUUUCUGGUCUGGUUUGGUAUGUUCAGGGUUCUUCAGUUGAAGUCAAGGCACCAUUCAGUGACCCCUCCGAGUCUGGCCCUUAUCUAGUAAGUGGCAGACAAACCCAGAGCUCUGCCACCAAGGGAGACCCCACAAGCUGGAGUAAGGACCUGGCAGAAAAUGGUUUAAAGGAAAUGCUUAUGAUAUGUAUUUUGUGAAUUUUUUUCCCCUUGAGGAACUUUAAGAAUCACAAAGAAAAGUUCAUUCACCUUGUGUAUUUGGGUGGUUCUGGGAGAGGAAAAAAGAGGAGGCACUCUGCCCUAGGUACAGACCCAGGGCGUCUGCCUGGCUGGUGAGUUGUCCCAAAUCCUGGGGAAGUCCAACUGUGACUUCCUGCCUUCUGAGAGAUCUGAAUGGAAUUCCUUAGGUUCAGGGUCUUAGUAGUAGCUUUGGCUCUUAGCCAUCCUUUCUUAUCACUCUUGUUUUGAAAUUGCUUUGUGCUUUAUAACCACUCCCUGGUGUUUCCUAAGAUUUUGUUUUUUCAGCAUUAAGGAGGAUGCUUUCAAGAUGUCGUCAUUUGAUAAUUCAGCUGCCUUCAUGCUGUUGGCAUAGAAAGGAAGACUAUGCUUGCUGGCCCAGAAAGCUCUUCUAUAAGCCUGUAGUUUCACUGUGCAGUGUGUUAGAAUUAAGUCUCUUCAUGUGUAGAGCAGCUUUUUUUUUUUUUUUCCCCCUAGGGGAACUGAAACUCCUAAAUCUUAAAAUGCCCUGGGGAAGGAGCUGAUUCAUGAAGGAGAGCAUUUCAACCAUGGCAUUUGCUCUCUGCAUUCAGUUAGACAAAUGGGGUAAGGCGUUAGGAAUUUAUCACCAAAUGGAAAGAACAUAAUGUGAGCUGAAGCCCCUGGGACUGCUUCCAGAGGUCCUGGUGUGGGCGUUCCUCCCAGCAAGGCCAGGUCCAUCCCUGUGGAGGGAAGCAGCUGCCUAGACUUGGGCUUAAUGGGGAAGCUUCUACCCUGUUGAGAGCACAGCCUGGGUUUUUAUCUUUUAUGUUUCUCUAGUGACCAUCUACAGACACCAUGAUGGUGUUCCCAACAAGGUAGAAAUCAGCCUGGUCUCUCCUCCCCUGCUCCUCGUUGACUGCCCAUGACAUGGCAAAACAUUGGCAGUGGUGGUGCAGAGAUGCAACUCAAGUGUGAAUAAAGUUUAGAAGCUUUUGCUUUUGA